AGCCGUGCUGGCCAGAGAUCUUGGCCGAGCACGCACUUGGUUCCAGAGCCGCUAGGCCAUCGCGGGACUCGUACGCAUCGAACCUUUCACUUCAGUUGUUGCGUAUGUUAUCAUUAAACACAUGUCUGGUUGCUUGCAUAUUUUGUGCACCAUGCACCUUGUCAUUGUCUCCUGGUAAGUAUUCACCGACUGUCUUAGAGCAGGGGUGCGCGGACCCUCUUUGGGGGAAGCCAUUCGAAGUGGACCCAUUGUGGGCAAACCAGACUGAAUUUCUGGAGACGUUUGACCUGGCGUUCGGUGCAGCUCAUGGAUAUAACAAUUUGGACGGCCCAAACUGGUUCCCCUCGAAGGAUUGGUUUUCCCUGGAAAGGAGAGCGCCGAGUCAAAAAAUGGUAACGACCAUAAAUGUGGUGAUUAGCGUGACUAACCAAACGCUCCCGCAGUGGUGCUACGACAUCAUUGAUGGAAGAUGGGGUAAUGACGUGUCGCUCUCUGCGUACGUCAAAACGGAGGGUCUUAGCGGUGAGCAGGUGUUGAGAGUAAGCGACCGUCUGGAGAUGAUCGCUAUUCCCAAUGUUGGGCGAAACGAGCAUGCUUACGUGUGGCAUCUGGCGCGCAAAGCCACGUCCUUCGCAGACGUUGAAAUUUUUACCAAGACCAACGGUGUGAAUUGCCACGUGGACGUUCGAGAAGCGAUGAUAAAAUUCAUGGUGGACCAAGCGCGGAAUGGUACUCAUGGAUCGGUGUCCUAUCCGUGGGAGUAUGACCGGCGGUACCUGCAGCUACGGUGCGACCCAUCAUGGAGAGAUUUUCCGCUCUAUCAUGGAUUUUGCGAGUCCAGUGCCAAGGGGGCCACAAUCACCGCGAGUAAUUACAAAAACGGCAGUGUUCCUCUGUAUCUGGUUUCGUCACGGGUUACCGCGAGCAAAGGCCCAGCCGAUCUCAGUUUUGCGCUGCGCCAGUUGCCGCAGCCGCUCCCUUUCAUCCACGAAGCGUAUGGCGAAGGCAUGCUCGCUGUGCGGAAGGACGUGCUGAAACAGUUUUCCGCCCGUUGGUACCGCGAGUGGAGGGACAUCACCUUUGCGACUAGUUGGGGAGCCGUGUACGAUGGCCACCACCACGACCAGGCCAUGAUGGACACCUUCCCUUUGCUGUUCGGACGGGCGAACUACAGAUCAGAAUUUCCAGCAUGGCUCGUUUCCCCAAGCACAGUGGAUUUGUUCGAUAGGGUCGACUUGGUGAAUAAGUUCAAGGGUGACUAGGGUCGGCUUGAUUCAGGACAUGUGCUAAGACGCGCGCUGCCGCGCUGCGUCCCGAAAUCGCCUGGCGCAUUCCGCACUGGGGCUCACCAAUGUCGGAGUACGGUUUGUUUCCUGCUGUUAUUUUCCCGAGCUCUCGUGCGUUGGGUAUUCGUUUUGAACAGAGCUCGGGUGCUUCCGUUUCUCUUCCCUUCUCUCCGGCGUCCUCCCGCGACCGUGCACUCCUAAAUUCUCACGUCUCCUCUCAGUCCCCAUGGAUUGUUGCUCAGGCUGGAGCGGGUGCAAGGGGAAGGGCCUCAGUGUGAAUGUAGCGACGGGACUAUAAGUCUCCUCACGUGUACACCCACGGUUUAAAAGAUAGUAGCUCUGAGGUGUCAGCAGCUUCCUGCUGACGCGUUGGCUCCUCAACAGUGCCUGCACUUGCCUGCAGCCAAGGCUAUGCUUCACCUAUUUGUCUUUGUCCCCCCUUGCACCGCUCUUAGUGUUCACCCACUUUAAAAGGUACUAACUCAGGCACGCUCCCGCAUCUGUGGUGUAUGCGCCUUGUGGCGCGGCCUCAGCUUGUUCAUCCCUUGACCUGCUGUUGCCUCUGCUCUGCUUCGUUCUUCACUCAGUGGUCUUCCCGCCUCUUCUCUCUCCAUUUCGGCUUCGACAUUCCUGCCGUACGACCGGCCGGCCGACCGAGGAAG